AUGGGGCUGCUCACACCACCCGCUCACGAUUACAGCCGAGCUGCCUUCUGGGCUCGUGGAUGGUUAAUGGUUUUUGCAUUGGCACAGCGAGAGCUGAUAAUUGAGAACCUGGAAUCAAAGGUGUAUUCGGUUCCAAUCGUGGAGCACGACCGUAAUGCAGCAGUGCUUGUGUACGUUUGGCUCUACCGUUCGAUUGAACGUGGUGAUAUUGAGGCAAGAAUCGAGAUAUUAAAGAGGGCCGCCGAUGAAGAUUGGCCAGUGUACAUCAGUGAAAACGUUGAUUGGACUGUAGUGGCAACGUUACGAUUUUGUGCCAGCAGUGCGCCUUUCUUCGACAGGCCUAUAUCCAGACGUGGCCAGCUUGCGGAAGUACAAUGCGUGCAAGCACCUUUAGCGAGUAAGAACACGACAGCGCUGACUUUGGAUCAGUCGUAUACACGAGACAACAACUAUCGAGUUGACGGCUUGCUCCGUUACAAUGAACUCUAUCUCCGUCCACGUAUGGCAGAUGACGCAAAGAAUGCGUUGCAAAUUCUAGCAAUUGAAAUGUACGAUCGUGUGGCGUGCUUGGAUUCGCAUGCGAUGUUUGUGGAAGGACGUUCCAGAGGAAGGUCGACCGACGUCGGCACCGUGAAACACGUCCGAAUCCAACGGUGA